AUGCGUUUCAACGCCGCCUUUACGGCUCUGGUCUCCUCGGCCACCCUCAUGGGUUAUGCCCAUGCCGAGGAAGCGGAAGCUGCUCCUGAUGCUGCUGCCGCCAUUGAAAAGCCCACCUUCACGCCAACUGCUCUUAAGGCCCCCUUCCUGGAGCAAUUCACCGAUGACUGGGAGUCGCGCUGGAAGCCUUCCCACGCGAAGAAGGAUGACCCCAAGUCCGAAGAGGACUGGGCGUACGUUGGUGAAUGGGCCGUUGAGGAGCCCAGCGUCUUCAAGGCUAUCGAGGGUGACAAGGGUCUCGUCGUCAAGAACCCUGCUGCUCACCACGCCAUCUCCGCCAAGUUCCCCAAGAAGAUUGACAACAAAGGGAAGACCCUGGUGGUCCAGUAUGAAGUCAAGCCGCAGAACUCUCUGGUCUGCGGUGGCGCCUACCUGAAGCUCCUUCAGGAGAACAAGAAGCUCCACCAGGAGGAGUUCUCUAACGGCACUCCCUAUGUGAUCAUGUUUGGCCCCGACAAGUGCGGUGCCACCAACAAGGUUCACUUCAUCUUCCGUCACAAGAACCCCAAGACCGGCGAGUACGAGGAGAAGCACCUCAAGACUCCCCCCGUCGCCCGUACCAACAAGGUCACCUCCCUCUACACUCUCAUUGUCAAGCCCGACCAGACCUUCCAGAUCCUGAUCAAUGGUGAGACUGUCAAGGAGGGCAGCCUUCUGGAGGACUUCAACCCUCCCGUCAACCCCGAGAAGGAGAUUGACGACCCCAAGGACAAGAAGCCCACCGACUGGGUUGAUGAGGUCAAGAUUGCCGAUCCCGAGGCCACCAAGCCCGAGGACUGGGAUGAGGAGGCCCCCUAUGAGAUCCUGGAUGAAGAGGCUGAGAAGCCCGAGGACUGGCUGGAGGAGGAGGCCACCAGCAUCCCCGACCCGGAGGCCGAGAAGCCCGAGGACUGGGAUGACGAGGAGGAUGGUGACUGGAUUCCUCCCACCGUUCCCAACCCCAAGUGCGCGGAUGUCUCUGGCUGUGGCGAGUGGACUCGCCCCAUGAUGAAGAACCCCGAGUACAAGGGCAAGUGGUCCGCUCCUAUGAUCGACAACCCUGCCUACAAGGGUCCCUGGGCCCCACGCAAGAUUGCCAACCCCAACUACUUCGAGGACAAGACCCCCUCCAACCUGGAGCCCAUGGGCGCUAUUGGUUUCGAGAUCUGGACCAUGCAAAGCGACAUCCUGUUCGACAACAUCUAUAUCGGCCACUCCGUCGAGGAUGCCGAGCAGCUCCGCAAGGAAACAUUCGAUGUCAAGUUCCCCAUCGAGGAGGCUGAGGAAGAGGCCACCAAGCCCAAGCCCGAGAAGCCUGAGCCCGGUACCACCGUCACCUUCAAGGAGGACCCCGUUACUUUCGUCCGCCAGAAGAUCGACUUCUUCAUUAACCUGGCCAAGGAGGACCCUGUGAACGCCGUCAAGAGCGCUCCCGAGGUUGCCGGUGGUCUGUUGGUCAUCGUGCUCACCUCGAUCCUGAUUAUUGUCGGUGCCAUUGGUGCCAGCAGCCCAGCACCCGCGGAGAAGAAGGGCAAGCAGGCUGCUGGUGGUGCCAAGGAGAAGACUGGCGCCGCCGUCAGCUCCUCCGCCGACACUGGCAAGGGCGGUGCCACCAAGCGCACCACCCGUUCCUCUGCGGAGUAA